CAUGUGACGGUGUCGAGUCUGUGUCUCCAGCCGAGAGACGUGCCUGCAGUCACAGGGUUUAUUUAACACGUAGUCAAAACCCACCCAUCUCUACGCUCACACAUUCAGCCGGGCGUGGAGCUUCCCUAGACAUACUACUGAGUCCGGACCUCAGGGUGACAACACUGCGCAGUGUCCAACUCCAGCUCACAGCGGGAACACACUCGCACACUGGAUACAAGGAGAUACUUUUGUCUUUAUUCUCUUUUUGUAUGUUUUUCUCUCAUUUUGAAGCUCGACUGCAGAGAAACAUUUGGAACGUUUUGAAGGCUUUUUGAAGUAAUUUCUUCGGCUUUCACAUUGAAGCAAUAUGGAGAGGAUUACCAGCGCGCAACCACCUCCCUGUGUGCCAAAACACCCAUCACUGGAUAUAGCUGACAUGCAAGGAAUCGAUUUUCCAAUAUAUGUGUACAAACCCAGGAGGGGCAUGAAGCGUGGGGAUGAGAACAAGGAGACCUACAAGUUGCCACACCGACUCAUCGAGAAGAAAAGACGUGACAGAAUCAACGAAUGCAUUGCCCAGCUGAAGGAUUUGUUGCCAGAACAUCUUAAGCUUACAACGCUGGGUCAUUUGGAGAAAGCUGUGGUGCUGGAACUCACUCUCAAGCAUGUGAAAUCCCUAAGUGGCCUCCUGGAGCAGCAGCAGCAGAAAAUAAUCGCGCUACAGAACGACCUGCAAAUCAGCGAUCAUGGAGGUGACAGUGCGGAGAGCAGCGAGGAGAUGUUUCGCUCAGGCUUCCACUUGUGUGCAAAAGAGGUCCUCCACUAUCUGGCCAGCCAAGAGAGCAGCAGGGACUUGACUCCUUCCCAUGUCAUCAGCCACAUCCAGAAGGUAGCGGCCGAAGUCCUGCACCAUCAAAGCAGCCUGCACCCGCACGAGUCCAUUCCUCAAGCUUCGGAGAAACUGAAGAAACCCGUGGGGGAGCCCCAAAGGGUGUCUGAGGGCUCAGCUAAGAAUUGCGUUCCCGUCAUUCAAAGGACUUACCCUCAUGCAAUGGGGGAGCAGAGCGGCAGUGACACAGACACUGACAGCGGCUAUGGGGGAGAACAUGACAAGCGUGACCCCAAAGCCCAGUGGUCAGAGAGGCACGCAAAGGAGGGGGAGCGCAAGCAUGUUGCGUCUGAGAUGACGGCUGGUGCCAUCAAGCAGGAGGGCGAUCAGCCACGUGCCAAGAAGUCGAGGUCAGACUCAUCAGAGGACGAGGUGCUCUCCAGUCACGUGGCAGGAGGCACCGGUAGCUACAUGAGCUUCUCCCCCAACCAGCCCCCCUUUUGUCUCCCCUUCUACCUCAUCCCCCCUGCAGCUGCAGCAGCGGCAGCCUAUCUGCCCAUGCUGGAGAAAUGCUGGUACCCCGGGGGAAUGCCGGUUAUGUACCCGGGGAUGAGCGGCUCUGUGGCGGGCAUGAACCCAGAAACCUCCUCUCUGGGGAGGGCAGGAUCUCCAUUAUCCUACCAAGACUCCCCUGCUCUUCACAAAGCUUUAAAGCUGAUCUCCCCAUUGAACUUGGAAACCAAAGACUGAGCAGAUGUGUUUCUGUUGGAAUCUUGCCCUCUGAAUGUCGAAGGGGUUCAAUGGUUGACCCGCAAAAAAUAAAAGGGCAAUCAAACACACUGGUAUCCCUUCAAACCCACAGCCGUUGUUUGGCAGAACAUUGACCCCAGAACCCAAAUGGUCUCCAUAGUCUAUCAUCAACUCGCACUCUGAAGCAGGACUUUUAGAAGCAACUUGGAGUGCCCACGUGAAGGCUCAUAGAUCUCCUGUAAACACUGUGAAGAUGAUUAGUUUAAAGACGAUGAGUGCACAAGUUUUUUUGUAAGGUUUGUCUACUCCGCACUCGGUGUUGAAUGUCCGAAGUAAACACAGAAUGUAAGGCACAGAUAACCCCCCCCCCCCCCCGAUAUUAUUUGGACCUACUUUUUUUGCAUACACACCACUCUAUAAUGAAUGUAAAGAUUGAACAAAAAGCCCCUUGUAGAUGCUGCUUGAAUUAUUGUAGAUUACCUGCUGUAGAUCUGUGAAUGGAGGAUCUACCUUCAGGGUUUGUCGCUCCUGUAACUUGCAACAAACCACUGAUUAGACUAGAAUGUUACCAAAACAAAAUGUUGACAAGAGACGUCACAAAAGACAUUACUUCUUUUGACCCUUCACAUCCCUUGCAGCUAAAUGAACAGUGUUGCCGUUGUUCAGAGAAUUCAGGGUGUUGUCACUGUACGAGGUGCGUCACUCAUGUCUGUUUAAAAGUGAUGUGGCCAUGCGCGCUUUUACGAUUUAAUUUGUAACUCAUGACUAUUUGUGCAUCUAGAUGGAGUUCCUGUGAAGUGAUGUCUUGUUAAUUAUUUUUGUUUAUACUACUCGUACAUCUCUAUUUUUGAUACGUGACCCACUGAGUGUAUUUGCAUCGCUACCAGAGGAAGGUUGAGGUAGACAUUUGCUGUAUGCCAAGAGAACGUGUGCAGUAUAUAGCAUUGUGCUAAACCGGAUUUUUUGCAACUUGCCCACAAAUUCCCGGUCAAGUUAAGGCCUGAUCUUUGUUCAUGCUGUUGCCUUUACUUGUGUAACGCAGACACAACGACAGCAGGCGUUUAUAUGUAUUUUUGCUUUAAAUGUUUUGUCUGUGGCAAAGAGAGUGAAUGUGAAGCUCAAACAAAAAUAAUAGUUUUGUAUAGAAAGAGGUACUUUGGGAUUUUUAUUUUGACAUGUAACAAAAGGUUGUUUGUUGUACAUAUUUUGUAUAUAAAGUAUUAUUGAUAUAUAUUAAAAUAUUAAUAAAGCUUUUUUUCUCCCUGUGGAA